AUGACUGUAAAAGCUCGCGACAUCGAUGAAUGUGUACUGGGUACCCAUGUGUGUCACGUGAAUGCCACGUGUUCCAAUACCAUCGGAGGUCACCAAUGUUUUUGCAAGAAUGGUUUCCAAGGCAACGGCUAUACUUGUAAUGACAUCGAUGAAUGUGUACUGGGUACCCAUGCGUGUCACGUGAAUGCAACGUGUUCCAAUACCAUCGGAGGUCACCAAUGUAUUUGCAAGAAUGGUUUUCAAGGCAAUGGCUAUACGUGUAAUGACAUCGAUGAAUGUGUACUGGGUACCCAUGUGUGUGACGUGAAUGCAAAUUGUUCCAAUACCAUCGGAGGUCACCAAUGUUUUUGCAAGAAUGGUUUCCAAGGCAACGGCUAUACGUGUGAUGACAUCGAUGAAUGUGUACUGGGUAYCCAUGCGUGUCACGUGAAUGCMACGUGUUCCAAUACCAUCGGAGGUCACCAAUGUGUUUGCAAGAAUGGUUUCCAAGGCAACGGCUAUACGUGUGAUGACAUCGAUGAGUGCACCUCAGGUGUCCAUGGAUGCAGCGAACAUGAGAAUUGUACUAACUUUCCUGGAGGAUACAAAUGUACUUGCAAGAGUGGUUUCUAUGGUGAUGUCAAAGUAUGCAUCAUUCUUGUGUGCGAGGGUGGUGUCUUGAGCAUGUCGUGCCCAAAUGGGAAGCUUCUUAGUAUCAAAUGGGCUCUAUAUGGUCGCUCUUCCAAGGACGUCUGCCUUCAUCCUUCCAUGACAGUGCCUUGCGGAGACGAAGCCAGUUCGUUAACCAAGGUGAAAGAGCUGUGUGAAGGGAAGCAGUCCUGUUCUUUCACUGCUAAUACUGGCACCUUUGGCACUGACCCUUGCGGGGGCUACUACAAGUACACGGAAGUAAAAUAUUUAUGCCAAGCGUCGUAAACGUGCAUAAAGGCCCUGUUUCAAGACGCAAUUUUACUGCAAGUUGCAGAAAAAGGUGCCAUAGACGAGCUUCUGAUUUUCGCAACGUUGCAAAGCAAGUUGCAGCGUGUAACACCUAUGCCGCGAGCUGGAAUGCAAUCACUGUCGCAAAUAACCAACCAAAGCACAGCUCUUCCCAUAUCCCCGUUGACAACAGACCAAGAAAGCGUUAUCUUGCGUUGCAAGUCGCGAAAAAAGUUUCGCGCGUCUGACAUCUCAACUGCUCUCGUUAGCAUUGCAUUGCAAAUUGCAAGAAAAACUGAUUCGUGUUACAGGGCCUUAAGGUGAUGACUGGUUACUUUUGAACGUUCGAUUUGAGCCCACGAUAAGCGCUGAAUAAUCUACACGAAUUUUUUGAAGAGCCAUACACGUUUUGAACUUCAAGAGGGCAAAUCCCUCAAAUUUUGCACGGGACUAUACUUUUUAUAAGCUUAUUCGAAAAAAAUUCAAAAAAUCUACUUAAAUUUUCUAGCACACGAAAAUAUAAAUUUCUGUAGGAAUUUUUGUUUGACUUAAUGGAGAGUUUUCGAGGGCACUGAAAGGACGAAAUAGGACAAAUCAAUGUAUUUCUUUGUCUUUUUGUUAAGAAUUUCCAUGUAAUAUCGUAUAAAAAUCACUUGACGGCAUUUAUGAUGUAUAGAAUCUGUAAAGACGGGUUUUCACUAGCGACAUAAGAGACGGAAGCAUAAGGAUAAGCAUAAGCAUAAGAAUAAACAAUAGGAAGCCAUUGAAUUGUUUAUGCA